UGUUCAUUAUUAAUUUUUUUUCUGAAUUGGAUGAAAACAUUAUUUAUGAUUGAAUUUCCAAUGAAAAUAUUUUUUUUCAGAACAAAGUAUGACCGAAUUUUUCAAUGGUCUGGUUUUUCUCGUUAGCCUCACGUUCCAAGCUUCAGUAGCAAUUAUGUUUUAUUUAUGUGGAAAACGAAACACAGAAUUGAGUAUAUAUUUACGAAGAUAUAAUUAUGGAGUAUCGAAAAACAUUCUGCCUCUGGUAAAAAAAUUGGAGAAAAUUACCGGUGCACUCUAUAGUUAUGUGGUUUAUGGUUAUAUUGCUUUCUCACUGAUGAACCAUAAAGCCUACGAGGAAUGUAAUAUGGUCAAGCAUGGAGAAGGAGAUACCAGACUUUUUUUCUGUGGCGUAUAUAGCACAACAUGGUAUCCUAUAUAUUUAGAUUUUCCUCCUGUGAAGCAUAUUUUUUUGGUAUGGCAAGUUCUUGAAUUGGCGUACUAUAUUCCCAAAGUAUCAACUGCCAUGGUAAUUUUUUACGGAUCUGUUGCUCUCAUUGAACAACGUAUCGAUGAUCUCAAGGACUUUUUGAGAGAUACUAAAAUCACAAAUGCGAAUGCAAAUGAGGUGAAUAGUCGACUCAAGUUCGCUGUGAUGAAAUACGAAGAGAUUUCCGAACUUGUUCAAGUUAUGAAUUCGACUAUUGGAUUCAUAUUUUCACCUGUACAACAUACAAUAUUACUUGGUUUAUUGGUAUUUCUUGAAUUCCGAAUAAUCCUGGAAAGAAACAUGGAGUCUAUACCUUUAUUAAUCUUCUGGAGUUCCUUCGAAUUUUUAAUGUGCUGGAAAGGGCAAGCUCUCGAGAACUCGAGUUUAUCUCUAGAAAGAGAAGUUUACGAAUUUCCCUGGUAUGAUUUGGACCCUUCUUCUAGAAGCAUCUUCAAGAUAUUCUAUGGUCAAGUUCAACUAACACUGCACAUGAAAUCCCCACCAUUCAUAAUAUUGAAUAUGCAGUACUAUCACGAGGUUAUGAAAGGAACUUAUUCAUUCUUGAUGUACCUACACAGAUUCUGAAUCAAUAGUGGGAAAAUUAACUGAGAGCAUGUUGAAAGCUGAAAAAGGAAAUGAUUACUUGAAUUCAUAUAACAAUAUUUUUAUAAUUUUAAUAAUUUUUCAGUAAUACAUUCACAUAUUUUGAAAACUAAUUAAAUAGCUAUCACAUCUGAUAUAUAAUCAAUUGAAUUUUGGUUUUGUCAAUUUACUAAACGUUUCAGUAAGUAGGUAUGUGAAUUUUAGAAGAGCUCAAUCAAAUUUGAUUGUACAUUAUUCACCAAAUAGGGCUGAAAAUUGAAAAGUGAAUAUUACGUUCGAUCUAGGAGUAUUUCGUCCACCACUUGUCCUAACGGACUCGUAAUUUUAUCAAUCGGUUUGUUGUCAUGUUUUUGCCAAAUAAACAAGUUUCCGUGGAAGAGAAAAAAUUAUCGAUAAUAUUUGAAACACUCGUGGUAUUACCUUUGAUAACUAUAACCAAAGCACUG